AUGGAGCAUUUAAAAAAUUUAAUCACAGGAGCAAUUUCUGGUGCUAUUGUUGAUGCUGUAUUAUUUCCUAUUGAUUACAUAAAAACAAACAUACAAACAAAUAACUCCUUCUCCAUUUAUGAUACGAGAAAAUUAUAUAAUGGUAUUCUACCAACUUUAAUAGGUACGGUUCCAGCUAGCGCUUUUUUUUAUUGUUUUUAUGAAUUAUCCAAAAAAUUAUUAACAGAUUACAAUGCGAAUAUAAACAAAAGUUAUUUAUAUUUAAUUUCAACAAGUAUAGCAGAAAUUACAGCAUGUAUCAUUAG